AUGAAUGUGGUACGAAACCUCAUGGAGAGAGUACUAAGGCCUCUUGUGGGUUUAAAAGGCUGGGAUUAUUGUGUUCUUUGGAAACUUAGCGAGAAUCAAAGGUAUAUUGAAAUGAUGGAUUGUUGUUGCGCUGGGACUGAGGCCACUCAAAAUGGUGGAGAAGAACUUCAGUUUCCUGUUUCUGCUGUCAUUCCUUGCAGGGAUGUCAUGUUUCAGCACCCAAGAACUAAAUCUUGUGAACUUCUUGCUCAACUUCCUUCUUCAAUGCCACUAAACUCAGGGAUUUAUGCAAAGACCUUGGGCACAAACCUACCUAGGUGGUUAAACUUCUCUAGUAGCUCCGAUUCAAGUGUUCUUGAAGAACCAGUUGGAACUAGGGCCUUGAUUCCAGUGCCCGGAGGACUAAUGGAACUGUUCGUUGCUAAACAAGUACCAGAAGAUCAACAUCUCAUAGAUGUUGUAACAUCUCAAUGCAACUUCCUAAUGGAACAGGAAGCAAUGAUGAACUCAACCAACAUGGAUUCAAGUUUGCCAAUUGAUGUGAAUGUUAUCAGCGAAGACCAGUCAAAGCCAUUUCUUGCUAAUGACAAUGAACGACAGGAUCAUCACAAUUUGAAUCCUCCAUAUGAUUUCUCCCUUGAUAGACUCCACAUGUGUAGUUCCCCAAUGAACAACUUCAUGCAGCAGUUCAAUUACAGCACCGACGAAACCAAAACUAAAGGUGAUGCCUUUCAAGGAGUAGAGAAUGGGCUGCAAGAUAUGGAUGAUUUGCAGAAGUCAAUGAUGGGUAAUACAGAAAGUACGCAGAUGCAAUUUAUGGAGUCAGGUUUAACAAACAAGGAUCAACAAGGAAAUGACAAAGAAUCAAUAAAACUAGAGAAUGGGCCAUCAGCAGAAUAUUCACACUCUGACUGCAACGAUGAUGAGGAUGAUGCCAAGUAUCGGAGGAGGAAUGGAAAAGGACCUCAAUCCAAAAACCUUGUUGCUGAGAGGAAGAGGAGGAGGAAGCUUAAUGAUAGGCUCUAUGCUCUCCGGGCCUUGGUUCCCAAAAUUUCGAAGCUGGAUAGGGCUUCUAUACUUGGAGAUGCGAUCGAAUUUGUAAAAGAGCUUCAAAAGCAAGCGAAAGAACUCCAGGAUGAGCUUGAAGAGAAUUCGGAUGAUGAGGGUGCUAAUAAUGGGAGCAACAACAAUCCGCCACCAGAAAUUCUGAACCAAAAUGGAGUUAUUCUUGGUGCAUUCAGGUCUGAUUAUGCUGUGAACGGAUUUCAUGUGGAAGCAUCAGGCGUCAGUACUGUUUCGAAACAGAAUCAAGACUUAGAAAUUACUCAAGAUAAGGGACACCAAAUGGAGGUGCAAGUUGAAGUGGCUCAAAUAGAUGGGAAUGGGUUCUUUGUUAAGGUAUUCUGUGAGCACAAGCCUGGAGGGUUUGUAAGAUUAAUGGAGGCUUUCGAUUCUCUUGGCUUAGAAGUUGAAAAUGCUAACGUGACCAGCAAUAGAGGCCUAGUUUCCAAUGUCUUCAAAGUAGAGAAGAAGGACAGUGAAAUGGUCCAAGCAGACUAUGUCAGGGACUCUUUGCUGGAGUUAACAAGAGACCCACCAAGAGUGUGGCCUGAAAUGCCUAAAGCAUCAGAGAUUUGCAGUAAUGGGAUGGACUAUCCUCACCAUGACGAUCACCACCAGCACCACCUGCAUAAUGGCCAUAUGAAUUUCAACCACCAUCACCUCCACCACCUUUGA